AAAGCGACAGGCAGCUAGCUACGCAGUUGUUUGUUUUAUCGGAUUUGUUGGAAUUUUCCGCUGCAGAGUUGAAUAGAAAUAAAGUUCAAUUAAUCAGCUGAACCCGACGGAGACCUGGACCAGGCCCGAGCUCUGCCUGAUUCGGAUCAGACCGCAGUCCGGCUCUGAGUCGUUUUGAGUCUGUUAGUUUGGAGAUCUUUGAGGAGCGGAUGGUGCUAGCAGAGCGCUAACUGAUAACACUGUUAGCUCAGAUUAGCUGCUGUGUGUUCGUUGAAUAAUCCGGAGUGUGUUUCAUUUGUUUCUCUGUGAUGGAGUAUGCCGGAGGAGGAGGCGCGGUGCUGAGCGCGGGGAACGUCCCGGCCUUUCUCACCAAACUGUGGACCCUGGUGGAGGACCCGGACACUGACCCGCUCAUCUGCUGGAGCCCGAGUGGAACCAGCUUCCAUGUGUUCGAUCAGGGUCGGUUCUCUAAAGAAGUUCUACCAAAGUUCUUCAAACACAACAACAUGGCCAGCUUCAUCCGACAGCUCAACAUGUAUGGUUUUCGUAAGGUGGUUCACAUCGAGCAGGGCGGUUUGGUGAAACCAGAGAGAGACGACACAGAGUUCCAACAUCCGUUCUUCAUCAGAGGACAAGAACACCUGCUGGAGAACAUCAAACGCAAGGUUACCAACGUGUCGUCUGUGCGUCAGGAGGAAGUAAAGAUGUCUGCAGAGGAAGUGAACAAGAUCCUGACCGACGUCCAGCUGAUGAAGGGCAAACAGGAGACCAUCGACUCCAGGAUCAUAACCAUGAGACAUGAGAAUGAGGCCCUUUGGAGAGAAGUAGCCAGUCUGCGACAGAAACACACCCAGCAGCAGAAGGUCGUCAACAAGUUGAUCCAGUUCCUGGUGUCUCUCGUCCAGACUAACAGAAUCCUGGGAGUCAAGAGGAAAAUUCCUCUGAUGCUGAAUGACUCUAGCUCCACCCAUUCUAUGCCUAAAUAUAGUCGUCCGUUCUCACUGGAGCACAUGCAGGCUGCAGCCAGUCUCUUCUCAGGUGACUCCCCUGUGACCUCUGGACCAAUCAUCUCUGACAUCACAGAGGUGGCCACACCCAUAGCGGAGGAUGUGGUUAGUGAUUGGACAGACACAGGAAAGAGCCAGUCGGUGAGUGUCAAAGAGGAGCCAGCCAGUCCUGAAGUGGAGGAGGUGUGUCCUGUCCUGGAGGGUGGGACUUUACCUAUGGACACGCCCCUCUCCCCCACCACCUUCAUCAACUCCAUCCUACAGGAUGAGACGCAGCUGACCCCCACCACCUCCACCUGUAACCCCACGACAGCCAGUCCUGUUGUUGUGAUGAGUCCCACCUCCACCGGGCCCCUCCCAUCAGCCCCAGCCAGCCAAUCUCCUGCCUCUGUUCCCACCUCAACUGUUGCCUCGAGCUCCGCAAAACCUCAACAAAAAUGUCAGACCAUCGCCUGCAUCGACAGACCCCGCCCCCCUCCCUCUGCAGGUGGACUCUCACCUGACGUUCGGCACUUCUUAUCAACACGACCUGAAAAGUCUGAGCUGUCGGAUCAUGUGGAGAGUAUCGAUAGCAGUCUAGAAAACCUGCAGAGCAUCCUGAACACACAAACCUUCACUUUUGACACCUCCCCACUAAUGGAGUUUUUCAGCUCGACUGGUCUUUCUGGAGACUUCGACCUCGACAGUUUGGAUACUCUGCUGUCUGAUGAUGUUCCUAAAGGAAGUGAUGAAAACAGCAACACCAACCACACAGGAAAACAGCUGGUGCAGUACACGCCCACACCUGUCAUGAUGUCUGAGCCAAUCAGCUUGGGAGAGGGUGGGGCUGACCUGCCCUCCCUGCUGGAGCUGGAGGCAGAGCCUUUCUUCAUCACCGACCUGCCGACUGAUGACCCGGCCACGGCCCUGCUGAGCCAUGCCCAGGCGAACCCUGACCUCUGACAUCAUAAAUGAAUGUGAUUGAUCUGUCACCAUCGCAACAGGACAGUCUGAGCGCUGACUCAGCAGCAGCAAUAUGGAAUCAAUCGAUCAGCUGUAGAUCAAUCAAUAGGUCAUGUUUUUAUUUUUGAUCAAUAUUAACCAGUUUAUAUACCCGUGUCUUCUUCUACCACUUUAUUUUAGCUUUGUUCUUCUUCGCUACUUUAUUUAAAAUGUUUGUUUGACACUCAGAGAACCAAUCAGAGGUCAGCAGGUGUUCUCUGUGUUCUGCAUGUUGAUUGGUUGUCUUUGUGAUCAGGUGUAACGUUGAUCGAUGAUCAAUAUCUUUAGAAAGGUUUAUUAUGAAUAAGAAGUGACCCCUGUUACCAUGGACACGACCUAGAAGCAGGUAGAGAUGCAUUGAUCUGAUCUAUUUGGUCAAUAUUGAUCCACAUUAAACAUGUUCAUCAGUGUGUUUGCGCUUGACUCUUGUUCAGAUCCAACAAUUAAGUGAUCAAUCAGAUUGUCGACCAGGUGAUCAAUCAGAUGAUUAGUCAGGAUGGCACUGUGACACACCAGCUGACAUCAUCUUUCAUCUGCUUCAGUCUGAGCCACAAUAACAUUGACAAUCACUUGUUGUGAUCUUCUUAUUGAUCUGAGGACAGUCACAUGACUGCUCAUGUUGUUGUUAAAACUUCCUGUCACAUGAUAUUUACUGCUAGCAUAACGUUAGCUUUCUGGCUAACAGCUGAGAGAGGUCCCGUUGGUCCUGAUGAUGUCCUGUUGCUGAGGUUCAUCCUGUUUACUGGAGCCGUGAACAGCGACUCCAUUACAUGAGAGCCUGAUGGGGUUGUGAUGACUGUUUCAGUUUCUGGUCCCACCCUCACAUGUUGCCAUGGAGGCAAAGUUAAUGCUCGUGAAUGAAACUUAAAAUUUUGACUGAAAAUAAAAAUGAAUGGUCUUAUUGUUAA